AGAUAUGGACUUCUGUAACAUAUGUCACCGUCAUCUAAACACAUUGUAUCAGGUCUAAAUUUUGCUUUGCAUGGUCAUGGAGUUGUUAGAGUUCGAGAACAUUUAUCCUGUAACCCCAACUAUAUUUUACACUCAAAGGUUUAUUAAAAUGAUUUUUUCCCCUUUAAGACAUGGUGUUGACCUGAUGCUGAUGCACAGGGUGAAAUUUAUGAAGCAUUCAUUUUUACUGCGUGAUCAACUCUCAUGAAUCAAAGUCCUUUCAGCCUUUCACAUCUCCGUCUAAGAAGCUGCUGGGUUGCUGACAGGCUCUUCUGGACAAAGGCUUUUGGUGGGAUCCAUCACCACAGGUGGAGGCAUCUUCAGACAUUCCACUUGUUUUUUGUACUCCUCCAGCUCCGUCUGUCCGAACUUUCUGCUCCUCCUGAACAGGUACAAACGUAGCAGUCCCUCAGAAUCAAAGCGGAUCAGCAAACAGUCUGCACAGGAUGUUUGGAUGAAUGUCCCAGUGACGUUCAUCUGACUGUACAGCUUAAAGUUCAUUAUGCUGCCUUCCAGUGAGAUGUUCAUGGACUGACUGUGGCACAUGCCACCAGAAUUGACAAAGACUGUGUAGUUGUAGGUGUGAGCUUCAUUUUUGUCACUGGUAAAGAUGACAUUGGAGCUGUUUCUGCGUUUGAAGAAUUCCAGUGAAUGUGGGUUGCUCACACUGCCUGCAAUUAAUGCCCAUUUUCCCUCCAAAUGAAGAGGGUCCACAUGCUCCAGAGGACGGAUCAGGUCUUCACAGGUCAGUGGAGCUGAUGGUGAGCUUGAAACAAGAGGAGAUACGAACAUACAACUUUCACACAAACAUGUUUGUUGUGUCUGCCAUCGCCCUCCUCUCCUUGAUGCCUGUCAGCCAUUCAGCUCCUCAGGCUUGUGAAGACCUGAUCCGACCUUUGGACCAUCUGGAUCCUCAUCACCUGGAUGGACGGUGGGCUAUGGUUGCUGGAAGUCUGAGCCAUGCGGCAUCACUAGAUGCCUUAAAACUCCGAGAUAGCAUCACUAUUUACUUCUCCGGAGUGAGUAACACAUCCACAACUUCCUCUUACACCCAAGUCAACCGCUUUCAAGACCAGUGCCAGUACCUGUACUACAACAUCUCAACACAAGGCAGCAACUUCACCUUCAACGUAGGGGGUCGGUUCAACCUUACUGGCGUGAUGCUUAACACUGUGUGUCCAGAUUGCCUGGUGAUGCGUUGGGAUGUGGCAUCAAAGAAGAGGGUGUCACUGGAUUUGUACUUGCUGAGCAGGAGACAGGAAGUGGAGCAAGAGGAAAUGGAGGCGUUCAAGGCUCAGCUGACGUGCCUGCACCUGCCUCCGCCUGUGGUGAUGGACCCAAUGAAGGAACUCUGUCCGGAAGAAACAAAGAACCAAACACCAGCAUUUCAGACUGUGGAGAAAAUGCAGUAAAAGCAUUCAGAGACUUUGCUGAUUUGAUCACAUUUCAUAAGGAAAAUAUAUACACAGAAUCUCACAGCCACAUAUAUGAGUUAAUUUUAAACUUUUUAUAGUGUUGGAGCUUUUCCCUCAUCUGAUUUGAUCAUAUCAGUAUUGAUUCAACUCUGUGCAAAUGUAAUUUUGUUGUGUUUCUUCUUCUUUUUGUUAGUUGGAUGUGUGUCCUUUAAACUGGCCGUCUGACCAUGUCAAUACAACAAGACAUUAUAGGAUUCAGAGUAUUUUGUGAAAAUGCAAAAUGUUUGAUACAAUGAAUAAACCUUACACUUUUCCAAAAC